AUGAAGGUCUCUUCUUCGAUCUACAUCGGCACGCUGUUGGCUGCAUCGGCGCAUAGUCACCUAGCCGAUGCUGCUGCGGUGGGCAACACCAGCAACGAUCAGCCCAUACUGAUGCUGAGCUCGGAUCCGACGUUUCACUUUGAUCUUCUUAUCCCCCUCGCCCAAGCCACUGCUGGAGGCGGGGAUAUCAAUCCUAUUCUGGGUGCCGCCAAGAACAUUAAACCUGGAGACAUGGACUCUUUCACGCAAGUGUUCCUUGCACUGGCCAAGGAGACCAAGGCCGACGCCGAAAAUCCGGACAAUGCCUAUGACCCCGUCAACGUCCGGGACACCUGGUUCUCGGCGUCCCAAUACUUCCGCCGAGCCUCAUUCUUCCUCGCUCGCAACUGGAGCGACCCGCUCAUUGAUAGCCUAUGGGCGGAGCAGACCGCAGCCUUUGAUAAGGGCUUAGCCGCCUUGCCUAUUCCUGGUGAGCGCAUCCGCAUUCCAGCUCCCAAGGGAAACUUCACAGUGGAGGCCAUUUGGUACGCCGCCCCCGAGCGCAAAGACGCCAACCUGCCCACGUUGAUUGUCGGAAACGGGCUCGACGGCUCGCAAGAAGAUUCUUACCAUAGCUACAACACGGUGCGCCGAGAACAGGACCUCGGGUUCAUUCCAGACUGGGAGGUUGUCGUCACUCCGGUAGUAGACUACCUUCUUUCCGAAAAGUCACAAGCCGUGGACAAAGACCGGAUUGCCAUUCUGGGGAAUUCGAUGGGCGGCUACGGGGCUACCCGUGCAGUGGCCUUCGAACCCCGACUUGCUGCAGCAGUCCUCAUCGACGCGGUCUGGGACCUCUAUGAAGGGUACGCGCUACAGAUACCGGAUGGUCUCCGAGAAGUGUACGAGGCGGGUAACACGACGAAAUUCGACCGUGAAAUGCUCUCGCUGCGAGAAUCCGGAAAGCUCUCCACCGGCGCAGCCUGGGGCUUGGACUACGGCUUGUGGGCGUUCAACACGCACUCGCCUUCGGAUUUCUUUACCCAAACCAAGCAAUUCGCAGUGAAGGAUUUCAUUCACAAGAUUAACGUGCCUGUGUUUGUGGGCGCCGCCCAGUACGAAGACAAUUACCCCGGUCAGCCGGAGAGGGUGAAAGAGGCUCUGGGCGAUAAGGGUACUCUACAUCAUUACAACGGUGUCGCUGGCUAUCACUGCCAGACGGGUGCUUCGCAAGAAGUGGCAAGAACUGUGUUUGCAUGGCUGAACAAGACUCUGGGCUAA